AAUCAGACAUCCUCUCCUCAGGCUGUGGCCGCGGAACAUCUCAGUUGCCGUGUGGAGAGAUUUGACGGAGGGAUCCUCCGGUGCAUGGACCGUCGCUGCGCUGCAACCUCUCUCUCUCUCCCUCUCUCUCUCUCCCUCCCCACCUCACACACACACACACACACACACUUACGCACACGCAUGUUAAAUGCCUCCUCGGUGAAAUCCGGACGCGCGGAGAAAACAAACGCAUGUGAUAUAUAUAUAUAUAUAUAAAUACAUAUAUAUAUAUAUAUUAUUUUUCUCCCUUUAUUUUUUUCUCCUCCUCCUUCCCUUCUCUGGGGUUGGGUUUGCAUGUCAGGAGCGCAGGAGCCAGUCGCCGGCUCCGCGGCUGUUUGUCUGCCCCUCGUCGCGUCCCUCGCCCCAUGUCGCGCUGAUCGGUCGGAGGCAUGUGGAACCGCACCAGGAUUAGGAACCGCUUCCCGGCUCUGUGCCUGCUGUUGGCGCUAUGGACCGAGGUGUCCCGGUCCACCGGCUACUUCGAGCUGCAGCUGAUCUCCGUGCAGAACGUGAACGGCGAGCUGGCGGACGGCGAGUGCUGCGACGGCGCGCGCAGCUCCGCGGACCUGCGCUGCACGCGCGACGAGUGCGACACGUACGUCAAGGUGUGCCUGAAGGAGUACCAGGUGGAGGUGGCCCCCGGCGGCCCCUGCACGUUCGGCGCCGGCGCGACGCCAGUGCUCGGCGGGAAUAUGAUUUCGUUCGCCAAGGGCGCCAGGGGCAACGCGCAUAGUCGCGUCGACGAGGCCGGCAAGGUUGUGAUCCCCUUCCAGUUCGCGUGGCCGCGGACGUACACGUUGAUCGUAGGGGCCUGGGACUGGGACAACACCACACGCAGCAACGACGAGGAGCUGCUGAUCGAACGCAGCGCGCACACCGGCAUGAUCAACCCCGGCGACCCCUGGCAGACCAUCCUGCACGACGGGCCCACGGCUCGCCUCAAGUACCGCAUCCGGGUGCGCUGCGACGAAAACUACUACGGCAACAAGUGCAACAAGCUGUGCGUUCCCCGCGACGACUACUUUGGCCACUACCGCUGUGAGCCCUCGGGGGCUCAGGUGUGCCUGGACGGCUGGAUGGGCCCAGACUGCUGCACAGCGAUCUGCAAACAAGGCUGCAACCUGUUACAUGGCUCCUGCUCCGUCCCCGGGGAAUGCAUGUGUAACUACGGCUGGCAGGGCCAAUUCUGUGACGAAUGUGAGCUGUUUCCUGGAUGCGUCCACGGGACCUGCAACAUCCCCUGGCAGUGCAGCUGCGAGAGGAACUGGGGCGGCCUGCUGUGCGAUAAAGAUCUGAAUUACUGCGGUCGCCACCAGCCGUGUGUCAACGGAGGAACCUGCAUGAACACCGAACCGGACGAGUACCACUGCGCCUGUCCACAGGGCUUCUCUGGCAAGACCUGUCAGAUAGCCGAGCACGCCUGCGUGUCCGACCCCUGCGCCAACGGUGGCACGUGCCACGAGGUCGCCCCCGGGUUCGAGUGCCAGUGUCCGCCGGGCUGGGAGGGUCCGACCUGUGCCGACAAUUUGGACGAGUGUGCGUCGAGUCCAUGUGCUCGCGGUGGAACCUGCAUCGAUAAGGAGGACGGCUUCGAGUGCGUGUGCCCCCCACAGUGGGAGGGGAAGACCUGCCAGAUCGAUGCAAAUGAGUGUGCGGGAAGCCCCUGUGUGAACGCUUACUCUUGCAAAAAUUUGAUUGGCGGAUAUCACUGCAACUGUUUUCGGGAGUGGUCUGGACAAAACUGUGACAUCAACAUCAAUGGCUGCCAUGGCCAGUGCCGGAAUGGAGCCACAUGCAAGGACGGCGCGAGGGGCUACCACUGCCAGUGUGCCGCGGGCUUCGUGGGCACUCACUGUGAAAUCCAGAGGAACAAAUGCGACAGCAGGCCGUGCCUGAACGGCGGCAGGUGCCACCCGGUGUUGGGCGGCUUCGUGUGCGAAUGCCCACCGGAGUUUGCUGGACAGCUGUGCGAGAUCCCCGGCUGGUCCCCCUCCGACGCCUGCGAUCCGAACCCUUGUGAGAAUGAGGCCAAGUGCCACAGCAUUUACCAGGACUUCUACUGCGCGUGUCCAGAGGGCUACGAGGGGAAAACCUGCGAGCGGCUCAAGGAGAACUGCCGAACCGCCCCGUGUCAAGUGAUUGACAGCUGCACCGUUGCCGUAGCGACCAACGACUCGGCCGGAGUGCUUCGCAUCUCCUCCAACGUCUGCGGCCCACGAGGACGGUGCAUCAGCGGGCCGGCGGGCAACUUCACCUGCGUCUGCGAUCCGGGUUUCAGCGGCAUCUACUGUCACGAGAAUAUUAACGACUGCAUCAACAACCCCUGCGGAAACGGAGGGACCUGCAUCGAUGGCGUGAACUCCUUUCAGUGCUUCUGUCCCGACGGCUGGGAGGGUCGACUCUGCGACCACAAUGUCAACGAGUGCAGACACAACCCCUGUAAGAACGGCGGCCGCUGCGUCGACCUGGUGAACGACUUCUACUGCGAGUGCGCCGACAACUGGAAGGGCAAGACCUGCCAUUCCCGUGAGAGCCAGUGUGACGCAACCACCUGCAGCAACGGGGGCACCUGCUACGACCACGGCGACGCCUUCCGCUGCGCAUGUCCACCCGGGUGGGGAGGGAACACCUGCAACACAGCAAAGAACAGCACAUGCGCCUCCAGUCCUUGUUCCAACGGUGGAACCUGCGUGGGAGGAGGAGACACCUUCACCUGCAUCUGCAAGGAGGGCUGGGAAGGCCCCGUCUGUGGCCAGAAUACAAACGACUGCAACCCACACCCAUGUUACAACGGCGGUAUCUGUGUGGACGGAGUCAACUGGUUUCGGUGCGAGUGCGCUCCUGGCUUCGCCGGACCGGACUGCAGAAUCAACAUCAACGAGUGCCAGUCUUCACCCUGUGCCUACGGAGCCACGUGUGUGGAUGAGAUCAACGGUUUCCGAUGCAUCUGUCCGCUUGGCCGAACAGGAGCCAGAUGUCAAGAGUUCAUAGGCAUUGGGAAGAAUUGCCACUACGCCGGGCUGCAGUUUCCGCAUGGCAGCCGCUGGGAGGAAGAGUGCAACAACUGCCACUGCAUCAACGGCAACGUGGACUGUACGAAGGUGCUGUGCGGUCGUCGUCCGUGCCUGCUCCAGUCAUCGGGUCCGGAGCAGCAGCAGCAGCAGCAGCAGCAGCGGCGGCGGCAGUCCUGCCCGGCCGGACGGGAGUGUCUGAAGCACAGCUACCUCACCUGCUUCUCGCCGCCUUGCCACCAGUGGGGGGUCUGCUCCAUGGCCGGACCCUCGGCCCCACAAGUGACCACCAAGUGCCAGCCAAACGGCGGGCAUUUGGACAACAGCUGUGUCCGCACAACGCUUGUUUUCAACAGAGGCCAAGUGCCACCAGGAACAACAGUGGAGAACAUCUGCUACGAGCUGAGGUAUCUCCCUGCCAUCCGAAGUCUGGCAAAAGACCACGCCCUUGUGCUGCUCUGUGACGUCGCCCAUUCGAAUCGGGACGCUGUGGAGGUGGCUAUAUCUUUCCAGCCAGAAGAUCUACAGGACCACAGUCUGAUUCAGAAGGUUGCCAGCGCCAUAGAGGGCACCUUGUCAAGGCGGCACAACAGCACUAUAAUGCUGGCGGUCACUGAGGUCAAAGUGGAGACGCAGGUCAUGCCCCCCUCAGUGGACUACCUGGUGCCUCUGCUGUGUGUGGUCUUCUGCCUGCUCUGCCUCUUCUGCAUCAUCGUGAGCGUUUGGUGGACACGCAAGCGGAGAAAAGAGCGCGAGAGGCACGGGCGAUCUGCCGCCGACGACAACGUGAACAACCAGUGGGAGCCGCUGCGGCUCGUCGUGGGCCGUGCGCCGCAGCCGCCGCCGCCGCAGCAGCAGCAGCAGCAGCUGAAAGAAAGCAACAGGGUGGCGGAGCAGGAGCGCAAAAAGCUCAUGGGUCCCUCCUAUCGGACGUGUGACGAAGGGGAGGAGGAGGAGGAGACGGAAGGCGAGCUCGAGGAGGAGGAGGAGGAGGAGUGUGGCGGAGCAGAGGCGGGAAAGCAGCAGGUUUAUAAGUACUCUAAGACUGCAGUGCAGUCCAGUGCCGGGACGAUCUGCACCCUGCACAGCUCCAGUUCCCCCCUCAAAGCGCCCCACCGGACCACAGGCUACAGCCCCAAAGACAACCGCUGGAAAAAUGUCAGUGCCGUCCUGACCGGUCAGAAAGGCCUCAGAGACCACUGUGUAUAAGACGUUCAGACAAGAGGGACUCGCAAUGUGCAAGCGGGAGACGCUGCGAGGCGGCAGCUCUUCUUAUUUUCAGACUACUUUUGGAAUGAAAAAGAGGCUUUGUGUUUUAAUAAGCCAUUCUUUGCUUUUCGACGUUUUCGUCACUGUCACCUGAAACGAUUUUUGACUUCGGGGGAGGCUAGAAGCACAGUGAACGUCCUUUUAUGUUUUUUUGCUUAUGUUUUUUUUCGCUUAUUUUUCUUUACUCAUGUACAGGCAAAAGAGCUGAACGUGUUUUUUUUUUUGUUGUUUUUUUCCCCCGGAGGCAAAAGAAAGCUCUCUGCAAUUUUUGUUUAUGGAAUUUGUACCAUUUAAGAAACGAUGAAUCGCGAUAAAGAGGAGGAGGAGGAAGAAAAAAACAACUUGUAUAAAAGAUUUUUUCGUUUUGUUUACAGAUUAUGAUUUAGUUUCAAUUGUCUGCGGGCUCCUGUUCAGUGUCUGUUGGGAGUGGGCGGGGGGGGGGGGGGGGGGGGGGGGCAGAUUCACAUUAUAAAGGGACGGUAAAGGAAAGUUGUUGUUUUUUUUUUUAAGGGAAAUGCACUGUUGCAGUCACGGCGACAGAGGAACAAAAGAAAUUCCCUUUGCUCCGUCUCUUUCCGGCUCCGCCCCCCCAGCGAUCCACCUGUGGCCGCCAUGCGCCAGCCUUACCAAAACACUUGGCCUGGAGGGGGGGGAGGGGGGGGGGAGGGGACAGAAACCCCAGUGCCUACUACGUGGCCUUCCAUUGUUUUUGCGUUUCUUCGAUCUCCUGUCUCCCAGCUGUCGUUGGCUGACGGCGUCUGUUUUUGGAGGACAUUUUUUUUUUGUUGCAGUAUUUGAGUUGGUAGCAAGUGCCUUUCCGAGAGCCGCGUCCAGGCUCCGAGUCGCGCUGCCCAGUUUGACCUCCGAGUUCUCAGAUCUCAAAGGGAUACAAGUGUACAUUCAGAGAGUUCAAUUUCCACAGCAACGCCACUCAAGGUAUUUUGAUCAAAAUCAGAAAUGAAUACUCUGUACAUACGUGUAAAUACUAAAGGAGUCGCUGUGUAUAUUUGAAAUAAGUAACUUAAAGACAAGUCACACAUUUUUAUUAUUAUUAUUAUUAUUAUUAUUAUUAUUGUUGUUAUUAUUCUAAUUAAUAUUAUUUUUUUUACAAUGCCAUUCCUUUUAUUUAUGCCAGUCGAAAUAGGCAGGUUUUAUAAACACUUUAUAUCCAGUCUCACAGUUAAGAACCUUUUACACUGAGGUACCACCUAAUGAAGGGGCUUCUGAAGGGUUUAUUAAUGGUUUUUGGUCAUUUUUGGAGAAUCGCAUCAAUUCCAUUUCUUUGCAACAUGAGUCGUUGGAUGCUCUUCUCGUAGAAGAACGCCUCCCUUCACUCCUCUCCUCCCUUAAAAACCAUUUUUAUGCCCCAGUCAUUUUUUCUAUUAUUUACUCUCUAUCAGUUCAUUGAUUAUGGUUGUUCAGGACCGGGAUUUGCUUUAACAGAAAACUGCCGACAUGACACUGUAGCCUUAAAGACCGUUUCCCCUCCUAACCAUUUCUAAACCCAUCACAAACCCCUUUGGGCUUCAGGUGCCUUCAUGUGACGCAUAAGUUGUGUAAUCCAUGGUCAUCUCUUUAUGUUGUUGGUUUUGUUUUUCUUUAUCAAGGAAAGUAACUCUUUAAAACAUUGUGUGGUGUAUCGUGGCGUGUUUUAUUCGCCUGAGUAAAAUGCUCUCCUUCUCUCACUCUGCUAUCAUGAGAUCUCUGGAAUAAAAAAAAGGCUGAUGGAGGAUUAGAAAAAAAAAUUAUAAUCAGUCACUAGGUCAAAUGUGGACUUCAUGCAUUUAGCUUCAUGCUUGGUUCAAAGGCUUUAAUGAAGGGAACAAUAUUUGCUGAUGGUGAAUUUUUCACAUGCAAAUGUGUUGUUGUUUUUUUGGUUUUUUUCAAGUUACCAACUCAGUUCUGAAUUACAAAAAGUUUGACCCCUUUUCAUAUCCAUGUCCUUGUCUCAAAACGCCAACCUUUUUUUUUCUUCCUGUAAAUGGGACACAGCAAAAUAAAGAAUUAAAGACGCAUCACUGCUGGUGUUAAAAAGCUGAACAAUGCAUACUGUACACAGUUUCUUCUUCAAGGGGCACGCCAGUUGAUUUUGUACAAAGUGAAAAGGUUUCCGUUCUUUUAGUGGAUGCUUAAUUGUUUCAAAAAUAAUCAUCCCAGUUAUUUAUUAAAGCAGUUUUCACACA